AUGCUGACUGCAGUACUGCUGAGCUGUGCCCUGCUGCUGGCAAUGCCCACCAUGCAGGGGGCCCAAAUGGGCCCCGCUCCCCUGGAGGGCAUCAGAAGGCCUGACGAAGCCUUAUUCCUAGAGCUCCAAGGCCUAAGCCUGCAGCCGUCGCUGAAGCGGACAACGGAGGAACAGGCCGAAGAGGCACUGCUGCAGGAGGCAGAGGCCAAAGCCUUAGCAGAGGUGCUAGAUCCGGAAGGACGCAAGCCACGCUCCCCACGUCGCUGCGUAAGGCUGCACGAAUCCUGUCUGGGACACCAGGUACCCUGCUGCGACCCGUGUGCCACGUGCUAUUGCCGUUUCUUCAACGCCUUCUGCUACUGCCGCAAGCUGGGUACCACCACGAACCCCUGCAGCCGCACCUAG